AUGGAAGGAACAAGUUCACCAUCACAGUGGAUAAUUGGAUAUUUUCCAAAAGAACAUAAAUAUUCGGUCAUUCCUAUGAAUUGGCUGUCAAAAUGUGGCGAUUCAUACUAUUGUAAGUGGCCUAAUAUGAGAGUAUCCCCCACAAUGUUGAGAAAUGCUGCAUUGCCUACUUCUAAAUGGACAUCUCACCCAGUUAGAGUAGUUGAACGUUAUGAUAAUUAUGAAGAUGCCGCAUCAAGAGAAGUUGAAAUAUACCUAACAUCAGGUGGGGAAACUGAUGUAGGUGAUAUGGGACAAGAAAAUAGGAGAAAAAUAUUAAAAACUUGCCAUAAACCUAAUGAUGAUAGUUCUGAUAGUGAUACUGAACCUUUAAGUAUUUCGAAAACAACACAAAAUGUUGGUAUCAAUUAUGUGUCAGAUGAUUUAGCUGUUGACGUAUCAUCAUUUUCAUCCUCUACAAGUAGUAAUAUUGCAGCUAACAACAUAGUUCAAGAACAAAAUUGUUCAUCUUCUUUGUCUAAUCAAAUAAAUCAAAAUUUUGACAACAUAAUUAAUAAAACAGCAGACAUUUCAAGUUAUUGGCCCACCAAUAGUUCUCAACAUGAUAUUAAUUCUGCAGAUUAUAAUAAAAUGAAAAAGAUAACGUCAGCAAAUACUUUGUAUUUGGAGAGAAUUGAUAAGAAAUUGGAUAUUAUAUUAAAUCUUCUUCAAAAAAACCAAACAAAUAAUAUGCCAAUAACAGCAGUCGACACCAAUUUUUUAAAUUAUUUUCCUAUGAAAGAAUUGGAAGCAUUAAAAAAUGUAGAAGAAAAAUUUAAAACUGAUAAUGAAUUUAAGUCAAAAUUGGUAAAUUUAAUUACCUCUAUCGGAGGAACAAAUGCUAAGCAUUUUGUAAAAAGAGUUUUGUCCAAAUUAUUUUCAAACGAACUUGCUUCCCAUUGUUCAUGGACAGGUUUUAAAAACGAUUGUCGCCUUGAUGGACUCGAAUUGAUUAAGACAAUGAAAAACAUUUGUAUUGGCAUUUUUCAAAAUGAUGAAAACUCUUUCGAAAUAUUCAUAAAAGACUGGUUUAGGCAUGCUGCACAACGUUUGAAGAGAGACAUUGUAGACAACGAUUCCUCGAAAAAAAAGGACCACAAUUGAAACCAUGUCUUUAAGACAUUUUAAACGCAAGUUAAUGGCAGAACAAAUGACCAUCAGCCCGCAUAAAGAAAUUCAAAAAAGAUUUAAAUCAAAAUUAACAGUAACAGUAAUUGCAAGACAUUAUUUAUUUUUUAUUCAUUUUUUUUUUUUUUUUUUUUGUUUCUAUAAAACUAAA